UUUUCUCAAAAGUAUGUUUUGUUUGUUUUUAUAUCAUUACUGUCGUUCAGUUUUGUCCUAUAUAUAUAAUGUAUAUUUAAUUAAUUAAUUAAUUAAUUAAUGAAGCGUUUUAUCUACAGCUUGCUGUCUAGUAGUAUUAUAAUGGAAACCCCGUCCUUGAUGCAUCAUUCCUACCAUUCACCAACACAAGACAACAUCAUUAGCACAAACCUCCACUUGUCCGUCUCUUAUACAGACCCGGCCUGCACAAAUAUGUAGAGGCUACAAUCUCCAUGUUCACUCGUUUUUUUCUUUUUGAAAAAUCAAACUCAUGAUUUGGUUUUCCUUUCCUUUUUCACCCCCCUCUUCUUUUAUAUAUCUCCCAGAAAAAUCAUUGUUUCUGAAAUACGGGUUUUGUAUGGUGGGUGUUGCUCACCACCAAAUGAGUUGAUGAUUAUCUCCGAUAACACCUGUCACCACCUUUUUUCGGUUUCGGGGGGUUAAUUAUUUCUUUUAUAAUUCUUUUUUAUCUUCACAAUUAGCGAUAGACCUUGCCUUUUCGAACUUUUCUUUGGCUGGUUCUUUGGUUUCUCUUCGAUCUUUUGAACUUCACAUCCGUUAUGAUGAAGUAAUUAAAGCGUGGUGGUGGUGAAUUUGAUGCAGCAUCAACGGCUAUGAUGGAAACAAUGGAGUCGACUGUCCCACCUGGUUUCCGAUUCCAUCCAACGGAUGAGGAGCUUGUUGGGUAUUACCUGAGGAAGAAGGUUGCGUCACAAAAGAUCGAUCUGGACGUAAUCAGAGAUAUCGAUCUGUACAGGAUCGAACCGUGGGAUCUCCAAGAGAGAUGUCGGAUCGGUUAUGAAGAGCAAAAUGAGUGGUAUUUCUUCAGCCACAAGGACAAGAAGUAUCCGACAGGUACGAGGACUAACAGAGCGACCAUGGCUGGGUUUUGGAAGGCGACGGGCAGAGACAAGGCAGUGUAUGAUAAGGCCAAACUCAUUGGCAUGAGAAAGACCCUUGUUUUCUACAAGGGUCGGGCACCAAAUGGGCAGAAAACCGACUGGAUCAUGCACGAAUACAGGCUUGAAUCUGAAGAAAAUGGACCUCCACAGGAAGAAGGAUGGGUGGUAUGCAGAGCAUUCAAGAAGCGAACCACUGCCCAAAACAAGAGCAUGGAAGGGUGGGACACAAGCUACUUCUAUGAAGAACCGACUGGGGUCAGCUCAGUGGUGGAUCCAAUUGAAUUCAUCUCAAGGCAGCCCCCAAACUUUUUAGCGCAGAAUUUAAUGUGUAAGCAAGAGAUAGAAAGUGAUAACUUGAGUUUCAUGCAAUCUGAUCAGUUUAUUCAGCUUCCUCAGUUAGAGAGCCCAUCUCUGCCACUAAUGAAGAGGCCAAGCUCAAUAUCUCUCAUAUCAGAAAAUAAUGAAGAAGAAGAACAAAUAAACAAAAGAUGCAACGACACCAAGAAAGUGACCGACUGGAGGGCGCUUGACAAGUUUGUAGCUUCUCAAUUGAGUCAAGAAGACAGAUUUGAGGGAGACGGAGAGUCAAGCUUUGGAGCACAUCAUAACUCGGAUAUGGCAUUGCUGUUAUUGCAGAGUAGUCGGGAUGAAGAAGGGAAGUUGAAUGGAUUCUUGAACUCGAGUUCGGACGACUGUGACAUUGGGAUUUGCAUAUUUGAGAAAUGAAGUUAGGAGAUCAGAAGAUUUCUAUUUGUGGUUAUUAUAAAUGAAUGAGGGUUUAUGUAUCUUGGAGAUCGGGAAAUAUUCCUG